UCCAAUUGGUCCAAUUGAGGUUGAACUUAAUUGUGGGGCGCCCUCUUGCAAGGCUCCCAAGCCGACCCCCUCAUGGGAUUGGUUGCAAGAUAGGUGCUCUCCCGGUGCGCCAAGUAUUUUUCGAGCUUCAUUUUUUUUCCAAGUGCUCUUUUCUUAGUGCUAUGGGUGGGCUGGACUGCAAGGGCAAGUGUUUCUGUAACUCGCUCUUACAUAAAGAAGAGGAGAGAGGAGAUUGUUUAUUUCCCAGAAAAUUGAAUGGAUUGCUCAUAUAAUUUCCAUAAAUAUUUCUUCAGUUCCUCGAAUUUUGCUAAUCAUGGCAUUACUUCGCCAAAAACUGUCAUUAUUUGGUCUCUCAUCAUCCAAAAAUUCUCUCUGCUUAUCCACACGAAAGCUCAUCUCAAUUGCAGCUGCAGAUGAACUUAUCAACGACGAUGCAACUGUCAAUUCCAUAUGCGAUUCAUUCACAAGACGCGAAAGCUGGGACACUCUUACUCGAAAAUUCCAGUUGCUCCAACUAAACGAUUUCUUGGUUCAAAAAGUCCUGCUCAAAUUCCAGCAACCCGUUGAUGCCAAACGCGCUCUGGGGUUCUUCCACUGGUCGGCCAAGAGGAAGAAUUUCAAUCAUGGGUCUCAAUCCUGCGGUAUUAUGAUUCAUAUUUUAGUGAAAGCGCGGCUGGUAAUCGAUGCUCGAGCUUUGCUCGAGUCAAUUUUGAAGAAAAAUGAGGGAAGCUCUUUUGACUUUUCUGUUGUAGAUUCUCUAUUGGAUUCCUAUGAGGUCACUAGUUCAUCCCCAUUUGUGUUCGAUUUAUUGAUUCAGACUUGUGCUAAAUUGAGAUUGAUUGAUUUUGCUUUGUGUGUUUGUUCCCGCUUGGGGGAACAUGGGUUCUCGUUGAGUCUGAUAAGUUUCAAUACUUUGAUUCAUGUUGUGGAAAAAUCUGAUGAGAAUCGUAAGGUUUGGAAAAUUUAUGAGCAUAUGAUCCGGAAAAGAGUUUACCCAAAUGCGAUUACUACUAGAAUCAUGAUUAAUUCGUUAUGUAAGGAAGGUAAAUUGCAAGAAACUUCUGAUAUGUUGAAUAGAGUCCAUGGCAGUCGUUGCUCUGCUUCUUUGAUUGUCAAUGCUUGUUUGAUUUACAGGAUUUUGGAGGAGGGAAGAGUUGAAGAUGGUGUAAUGUUGUUGAAGAGAAUGUUGCAGAAAAAUAUGGUUCUUGAUGACAUUGCUUAUUCACUGAUUGUUUAUGCUAAAGUGAAAACUGGGAGUAUAACAUCCGCAUGGGAAGUGUUUGAGGAAAUGUCUAAAAGAGGAUUUCAGGCAAAUUCUUUCAUUUAUACCUUGUUCAUUGGUGUCCAUUGUAGAGAGGGAAAGAUUGAGGAAGCUCAUUGCUUAAUGCAAGAGAUGGAAAACAUGGGUUUGAAGCCAUAUCCUGAGACCUUUAGUCUUCUCAUUGAAGGGUAUGCUACAUCAGGACAUUCAAAAGAAAGCUUGAGAAUGUGUGAGAAAAUGUUAGAAAGAGGGUUUCUUCCCAGUUGUUCAGUUUUCAAUCUGGCAAUAGCUAAGAUUUGUGAGGAAGGAGAUGUGAAAAAGGCUAAUGCAUUGUUAACCAUUUUAUUAGAUAAAGGGUUUAUACCUGAUGAAACCACUUACACCAAUCUAAUUAUAGGAUAUUGGAAAAGUGGUGAAAUUCAGGAGAUUCUUAAGCUUUAUUAUGAAAUGGAAGCUAGAUUGCUGUCUCCUGGAGUGUCAGUUUUUUUUGCACUCGUUGGGAGCCUCUGUCAAUAUGGGAAAUUGGAGGAAGCAGAGAAAUAUUGGAAGAUUAUGAAAGAUAGUUCUCUAAAACCUAGUCUACCUAUAUAUCAGACAUUAACCUUGUUCUACUUGAAGAAGGGUAAUAGAGCAAAAGCUCAAGAACUGUAUAAUGAGAUGAUGUUCAAUGGAUAGAACAUUAUCUGUUUCUAAGCAUGUGCAGGUUUCAAGUUUCAACGGAAGGGUAAUUUACAUCCAAAGAAGCUACUCAAUUGAAAGAAAUCAAGCAAUUAGAGCAGAAACAGAGGAUUUGAAGGAAUUAUGAUUGAAAAUUGGGUCAGUUGGCCAAAAUUGGGUGAGGAUGUUGAAUCAAGGAAUUAGAAUGGGAGUAGCAUGGAAAUGUUGUUCAAACAGCAUCGAGAUGCUGCAAAACUGAAGCCGAAAAGCAGUCGAGGCAGCAUUGAGGUGCCACAAAAGAGUGUCACAAGGCUACUGGGUAGCACAAUGGUGCUAGUUUGCAGAGUCAUAGUGCAACCUAUCUUUUUGGGUUUUUUUGUCAAUUUUUUUUUAUUAGUUACCAUGAAAGAUUUACAGAAGACCUCUCCAGUUAGAGAGGAGGGAAGAAAAGUUACAAUAAUGAAAAAGGAAGAAAAGUUACCAUACUGAAAAAAGGGAGAAUAUUUACACCAUGUCACAACCAAAAUAACUAUAGCAUCAAAAAAAUUUAGGUUAGGUAAGCUCCAAGAAAAUAAUGUUAUAUUUUCUUCAUGCCAAAAUAGUCCAGCAAAAAGCUCUCACAAAAUGUUCCUAUAAAAGCUUGUUUCCUUUUUGAAAGGAUGACCCUCCACAGUAUAUGCAAGAAAGAUCUUUGGGAACAAA